GCCUGGACAGGCUGCGGACAGCUCACACACCCACACACACACUGUGGAUGUUCAACAGGCUGCACACACUCUGAAUGACUGUUUUCUUCUGGCUGGUUUUCUAUCUGUUACUUUGAGGAGAUUUUUCAGACUAAUAACAAAAUAUUUUGAUGGAUAAAAUGUAGUCCAAUUAUUUUUGAUUUCUCUUUAUUCGUUUUAUUUUUUGGGAAACGAAAUCCCCAGCACAUAUUUGGGGGGGAAUCGCUCAAGCCGAUGCAUCCAGGACAUAUCUAGGAUCCCCACCAUGGAUGUGACGCUGGGGGGGAUCGACCCUGCGACUCCCAGAGCUGUAUUACUGGCCUUAGUGACUCUGCUCUUCACCCUCCACCUGUGGCGGUGGCUCGGGCAGCGCUCGGUCCCGGGACCGCCCGGUCCUCUCGCCUGGCCGCUCAUCGGCAACGCGGCGCAACUCGGCAAGCUACCGCACCUGUACCUGACGCGCAUGGCACAGAAGUACGGCAACGUGUUCCAGAUCAAACUGGGCAGCCGCACCGUGGUGGUGCUGAACGGGGAAUCCAUCAAGCAGGCGCUCGUCAAGCAAGGAACCGACUUUGCCGGGAGACCGGACUUCGCCUCAUUCAAGCACAUCUUCAACGGGGACAGCCUCGCGUUUGGCCCCUUCACGGACUGGUGGAAGGUGCACCGCAAAGUGGCGCAGUCCGCCGUGCGCACGUUUUCCACCGUGAACACGACCACUAAAAAGACUUUCGAGCAUCACGUCCUGUGCGAGUUCAGGGAGCUGCUGCAGCUGUUCGUGGUCAAGACCAAGCAGCACCGCUUCUUCCAGCCCAUCACCUAUCUGGUGGUGUCCACGGCAAACAUCAUGAGCGCGGUGUGCUUCGGGAAGAGGUACACGUACGAGGACGAGGAGUUUCGGCAGGUGGUGGGCAGGAACGACCAGUUCACCCAGACCGUGGGCGCAGGGAGCAUCGUGGACGUGAUGCCCUGGCUCCAGUACUUCCCCAACCCCAUCAAAACCAUAUUUGACAACUUCAAGAAGCUGAAUCUGGAGUUUGGCGAGUUUAUCCGUGAUAAAGUCAUUGAGCACAGGAAAACGAUCCAGUCGAGCACCACCAGGGACAUGACGGAUGCUUUGAUUAUGGCGCUGGACAAACUGGGAGAUAAGACUGAACUCACAGGAGGGAAGGACUACGUGAGCCCCACUAUGGGAGAUAUAUUCGGAGCAAGUCAAGACACUCUGUCCACAGCUCUGCAGUGGAUCGUCCUCAUACUCGUCAAGUAUCCUGAGAUGCAGCUGCGUGUCCAGCAGGAGGUGGAUAAGGUGGUGGAGCGCACCCGACUCCCCUCCAUCGAGGACCAGCUGCAGCUGCCCUACAUCAUGGCCUUCGUUUAUGAGGUGAUGCGCUUCACCAGCUUCGUCCCCCUCACCAUCCCACACUCCACCAUCACGGACACCUCCAUCAUGGGCUACACCAUACCAAAGAACACGGUCAUCUUCAUCAACCAGUGGUCCAUCAACCACGACCCGGCCCUGUGGUCCCACCCGGAGACCUUCAACCCCCAGCGCUUCCUGGACCAGAAUGGUGCUCUGAACAAGGACCUGACCAGCAGCGUGCUCAUCUUCUCGCUGGGCAAGCGGCGCUGCAUCGGCGAGGAGCUGUCCAAGCUGCAGCUGUUCCUUUUCACCGCCCUCAUCGCCCACCAGUGCAACAUCACUGCGGACCCGGCCAGGCCGCUCAAAUUAGACUACAACUAUGGUCUUACUCUGAAACCUCACGCCUUCUUCAUAGCAGUAUCUCUGCGUGGAAAUAAUAUGUCGCUGUUAGACGAGGCUACAAGGGACGUAAGUGCUAAGGAGGUCAAAGGCGAGCCCUCAUCAGACUCCCCGACAAAAACUGAAUAAAAUAAAAACACAAGCAUUGAAAGACGAAGGCUGAAACAAAAAAUACUUGUGUAGUCUCUGUGGCUCAGGUUUAUGGGCUGAACUGUAUUUAUAAACAAAAAUCUGAGCAUAAACUAUUGUCCUCGAAUGUUAUUUUGGAUAUAACAUUGAGUUGAGAGUGAUUUUACAGUUGUGAUCACCAAUUACUGAUUUCUAAGUAUUGCAGGGCCAGACGGAAACAGAUGUGUUUCAUAGGAGACAUGGCGUGUAGUGUAGACACGCAACGUCUCAGACAGGCAGCAGUUCACCUGGAGUGAAUCUCCUCCCACAUCAAACGCAAUCUGACAAAGCACUUAGGAAACAUAGCAUCUUCUUUUGAUUCAUCAAGGCGGAGGACUACAGUCAGCUGCACAUCACCAGCAAACCUCAGCCUCGACCCAGGCAAACAGGCCUUACAAGUCUCGACAGCUGCAGGAACGCAAACGGUGUGAUUUCGGUGUGAAUGCCAUCGCUGAGGAAUUUAUUGGGGACUUCCUGGUGUUGUUAUGCUCUCUCUUAGAUGCCGUCAGAUAAAAAUAAGACUUUUGAGUCUGCAAAAUGUAAGCUUCUCAUGAUCCCUUUAUUUUAGCCACAAGUUUCAUUCACUUUUAUUCCUGAUCCGUUCAAGGCCAUUCACAACUUCUCGAAACAAAGAAAAAUAUGUGACAUUUGUAGGUUAAACAAUCAAUACAGGAGUUUUAAGAUUUCUAUGUCAGGUUAGAUGCCAGACCAGUUAGUGAAUCUACAUGAACAGGUGAAUAUACUCAUGGCUACUAACAAACUAAUUAUAUUUCUAGAUUUGUUUAAAUAUAUUAUAUAAUAAAGCAUAGUUACUAAGGAGUAAGGCCUGUGAAACUCAUCAUACUGUUUUAGCCACAAUUUUUUCAGUCAUGAAUUCUAAUACAUACUGUAGUCGUUGUUUGACAGGAGUGUAAAGGUUACACCAGAGCUGCUGCAAGGACUGCUCUGUUGAUGCAUGCACCCACAGUAUAUGGACAGAUGAAUAUUCUGUCACUGUUAUUUUGGCUCUUUUUGGUUUAACUAUGUAUUUAUAGGAUGCUGUUCUAUGGAAAACCUUUUUGCACAUAACCCAUCAUUUAAUUUCUAUACUCAAGACGCCAGUAACCAAAUUAUUUGGUCUUCGUAUUGUUAUAUUUAUAGAAACAUUCAUGCAUUUGCUGUCUCAGCGAGACCGACAAGCUGACUGUAAAGUCUUGGAUUCGAGCGUUUGUUAACUUACCACCAAAGUGAUUUGGAGCUAGAGUAUCACCCAGUAGAGUCCAGACUUCCGCCAAGGGCCCGAUUUCAAUUCAAUCAAGCUGCAAUAAAUUCCGCGCAAUCAUAGAUAUCAGUUCAAUUAAUAUACCUGAUGUUAAAGAAAGUGAAAUUCCUGGAUCCGGGUUACGGUACCUAAGUGUUGGCAUACAAAUAAAGUUAAAAAAGCUAAAACGCAAGAAAUACCUCAAAUCCAAACUGUACACUAUCUUUACCUCAAAUUCCUCUUUUAAAAGAACUAAAUUGAGAUGAGUGAAAGGUUGAAGGUGAACUAUCAAUUAUUACCGCUCAGUCUGGCAUUCAGGUUCUUUAAGCUUUGGACUGCACACAUAACUGCAGCUGUGAAUUUUGCUCUUCUGAGUAUUUCCUCAGGCCACUUGCCUGAAAGUUUGUUUGAAAUAUUGUAAUAAACAAACCCUUUAACUAUC